UUUUUUUUCACUGAUUAAGCAUAGCUAACAAAACUAAUUAUGUUCAUGAAUAAAAAGAGGAGACCUAGUUUUAUACCAGAAGAAAAAAGAGUGAAAAGAGCAAGCUCGAGAUUAGAUAGACGACAAUAUAAUCAAGGGGAAUUUAAAGGGUGUUCUCAUGGAACAGUCCCUUUUAGGAGGGUUCAGAAGGAAGAUUUGAUCAACGCAAAAGCAAUUCGUGAUCUUCGUCGUCCAAGAACUGUUAAUUCAACAUUAAGGCUCACGCCUGAAAUGCAUGCAAGUAUGUUCAACUGUACGAUAUCCAUUAAAUCAGAUACAGAGUGCAGAGUAUAGUACUAACUUUGCUAGAGAUUUUAACCUUAUUGAUUCGAAUGCUCCAAAGUAUGCAGCAUUGACAAUUCCAGAUGAUAAAUCCAGAAAGAUAGAAGGAGCAUUGACAUUCAUCACGGUAUACAACUUAUCAGUCCAAGCACCCCAAUUAAGCGAGGCUCUACUAUGGAUUGGUUCCGGUGUUAGUGGUUCAUAUAGCAGUGUAGAAUAUGGAUGGACAGUAAGUUUCAAUAUCAAUUUAAUCUCUCUGCAUACUUACAUUAGGAAAAUGAUAUUCUGUCCAACUUUCAUUUAUAAAUUUUUUGUCUCUUGUUUUGCGGGUAAAUCCGCAACUGUAUGGGGAUAGUCAAUCGCGAACUUAUAGCCAGUGGACUGUAAGUUUGUUUAUUAAAAUGUUGGGGCACUCGCUAGAAAAUCUCAUUUAAAAAUAUCAUACAAAUAGAAAGUGGUGCUAAGAUAUAGUAAGAUUAAAUUCCGUCUAUAUUAUUUGCCCAUUUAUGUUAAAGAAAGAAGCAAAAACCGUUCAUGGCAAUAAGAUUAAGAGCAUAGUCAACAGAUUAUCAAUAAUAGCACACAAACUAUGCAACUAAGCCAAGAAAAUACGAAAUAUAAAAGAACAAUAAUGAGCGACUGAGCCAAGCAAGCCUGUUUAAGUUUGCCAGACCAAGCCUAAGUAACUUUGACCCAGGUUCCCGGCUAAUUAACCAAAUCAACUCAGUUGUAGCUCUAGAUUCUAUACUAUACGACUAUACUAACACUAACCAUUUAACAUUCCAUGAUAUAUAUGUGAUUAUUGGAAAAGAAAAAAAAAUUGUGUCGGAUUUCAGGCAGGUGGUUUCGAAAACACAUGAUGCUAUAACUCACUUUGCCCAGGGUAUGUGCAAAUAAGUCCAAGAUUGCCAAUGGGUUCAACAAGUAAUCUUGUUUCGACCUAUGGGGGAAAGUCCUAUGGCAUGGAUAUCAAGAUCUACAGGGAUCAAAAGACAAGCAAUUGGUGGAUUAUUGAAAACUUUAGUGACUUAGAAAAAGAACCAAUAGGUUACUGGCCAAAAGAGUUAUUUCCAACACUGGCGGAUUCUACUACAGUACUGCAAUUAGGAGGGAAGGUUUAUAGCCCUUCAAACAUCCCUAAACCAGUUCCAAUGGGAUCAGGAGUCUACGCAGCGCAUGAUCUCACCAGAAGUUGUUACGCUUCCAAACUUGCUUACAUGGAUACGGACAGAGAGUUUUACUUACCAACAAAAUUGCCCAUUCAAGUGAUUGCUGACAAUCCUGAUGUAUACAAAGCAGAUUACUUGGGGAAGAUAGAUGAUGACAAUGGAUAUACCCUGUUGUUUGGGGGACCUGACCACAUUGGUUGGAAUUUUAUGUAUGAUCAAGAACUAAACUUGUCUAGUCUGUUACCAAGCUAAGAUUUAAUCCUAAAUCUGAAUAUAAAUAAAGCCUGAUCGCUUUUACUCCAAUAUCAGAAGUCUUCUCACAGGGCAUAUCCUCAUAUGUAAGCCUAUUCAGUGUACGGACAUAGGAUGUACUCCCUUUAUCCCUAUAUAAUACCCGGUAUGUCCCAUAAUCUCACAUUUGAUUGAGUAUCAUGUUUAUGGAGAUGAGUAAUCUAAUCCAUGAUACAAGUAUUAUUUUGGCUAAUAUAACAUGUAGAAUUUUGACCAUUUUGCAAAACUUAACCUAUUAAGAUGUACUUGGAAGGAUGUGCUCUUACUAAAUCCGCCAACAAUUUUAGAGGAAACAGUGUGUCUGCCCUGAUUGAUUGUUGCAAUAUAGUUGGAAGCCUAUGCUUACAAGAGCAACCACUUCAGUCCUCAGGGAUGGUAGAACCAUCUACCUCCCAUUUAGUCAUGGGUUUGAGUACGGUCAACCCCCCCGCCCCCCACCAUCACCCCACAAGCAGGAUUUCCCAUUUCCCCGACCUACAAGCACAAAGAAAGAAAUCUUUUCAAUAACAGAUUUUUUGUUAUCCUAUUUUGAGCCAGUUUAAGUUUAAUCAUACACUAUUCUACCUCGGCAUCCUUUUGGGAUUAAAGCUUUGUGGUUAUUGUUGUAUUCUACCUCGGAAGUAUUUGACUAUAUGUGUCUCAGUCACAAGAGUGGUUGAGCUUAAGAUACAGCACUAAUGACCAUACAUCUAACAUUGUAACCAAUCUCUAAGGCCCGCUUUUAACCAUGAUCGUCAAUAGCACAAGAACAAGUAGUAGGUUAGAAGGAUCAUGGAGGGAUGGUUAGUCCCUCCAUCUCCACCCGGUGUGACCAGGGUUCGAUCCUCACCCCACCCCUCCUGUGACAGGAGGAGCACCCCCGUUACUUACCGUAUAAAAAAAUUAAAAAAAAAAAAGGUUGGAUGGAGGACUUAUUUUGGCUAAUCUUUCUGUUUUUGGUUUUCUUUUAAAUCACUUCCCUCGUCCCACAAAACAAUUCUCAUUUAUCUCUGUCCCACAAAAGUGAACAUUUCUCGUAGGCGCAUUGUUUUAUAAUAGACUACUUUUCCAUGUUACUCCCUUCGUCCCUCAAUAAAAUUCUGCUGCCAAUACUCUCCUAAAACUAUGGAGAGGGUAAAGUGAAAAACUAUGUUUUUAACUUUUUCUUUUCCACUUUUUCCUUGACAUACACAACAUCAGUUCAAGUUCACAUACCUCUAAGUACUAUGUCAAGGAAGAAUUAUAAUCAAUAGCUACAAAUUCUGACUUUAACACAAAGACUUGUUCAAUGCUCCAAAUCAAAUGAUUGAAAAGGAGAAAAAUGGAGAGAUUUGGAAGAUAUUAAGCUACUCUAUUAGUGAUACUGCCGGCCACUAUCAACCUACAGUAACGCUUUUAUUGUCUAGUUCCUGUCAAUUUAGUGCACCCUUGGCCCGGCCAUCUUUAUCAAGCCUGCGGUUAUCAAAGUGCUACCACCACAACUUUAACGACUUACAAUACCAUUUUAAUUGCGGGGUGCCUCUAUUUCUGACAAUAUAAUUUUUUUUCUUAAAUCAGGCUAAAUAGACUAAUUGACUGUCACAUUGUCACCACUGUCAAUUACUCGAAUAUUUUUGAAGAAAACGAUAUUAUCAUUAAUAAUUACUCCCCCAAGAUGUGAUAGGUAAAACACUAAGGUUUUUCAAUAAUGUCAAAAGUGUGAAAACUAGAUACGGCUUUUUUGGUAUACUUGGGUACUAAUUUAGAGAGCUCAACGAUUAAGUUAAACUCUGUAGUACUUCCCCAUCCUUAAUUAAAGUUUACAGCUUAUCUUGACAGGUUUAUCAAGAGAACGAAAGUAGUGUGAACUGUGGACACAUAUAAAGUAUAAACAAGCAAAAAGAUACCCAAAAAAAAAAGUAAUUACAGAGCAUAUUUUGGUGUUUAGGGGAUUGGGGGACAAUUAUGAGCAAUUAUUAGCCUAAAGUAUAUUCUUCACAAAUUCCAGCUCUUACUCAUUUCAACAACAAAGUAAUCGAACAGUUUUUCUUACUUAUUCAUUUCGUAGACUUCACCCAAAAUCUUCAAGUGUUCAUUA